AUGAGUAGGGAAGAUUAUAUGAUUUCUGAAUUGAUAGAUGUAACAAAUCUGUACGAAUGUCUUUUGCUUUCCGCUUUUACGAUAAUAGGACUAUGGCUUAUUUGGGUAAUUUGGAGUGAUUAUCAAUCCACCAGAAGAAUUUAUAUCAAGAGGGAAUAAGAAAAAAGAGAUAUGUUGGCAAUUAAGAGACUUCUGCUAAUAAAUAUAUGUGCGCAAACAUUUUCUUAUUUUAUUGAAUGUGUAGGUUAUGCUUUCAUUAAAGAUUGCCAAAAUAACAACUACUAUAUUAUUUCUAUAAUUUAUUUUAUCUGCAAUGUGACAUAUGUGACAUCAUUAUAGAUUUGUUGUUGGAAAUCAACAUUAAUAUGGGGUGAACUAAUAUUACUAAAAUUAAGCAUUUAGAGUUCUAUUUUUGAUUUUGUAAAGAAAUAUUCCAUAAUUGAAAUAUUAAUUGUUAUUAUGAAUCUAUGCAUCGGUCUAUUUUAUUUCUUAUAAGUAAAAAGUAUAGUAAAUCUUAUAGUGUCCAUUAUUUCAACAUUAAUGCUGGUAUUAUUUCUGAUGGUUUCAUUUUUCUUUUAGAAAUACAUCAUUUUAAUUCAAAAUGAAAUUCCGAAUUUAACUAAACGCAGAAUUUUUAUUAGCAUCAUCCUAUUGUCAAGCGCGUUAGGUCUGAGAAUCUGUUGGAACCUCUUCCUAAUGAUUCAAUAAGACAACUUAAUAAUAGUGUUGAAAUAUGGAUCCAAAGGUUCGUUUUCAUGUUCAACAGAAGGCUCAUUAAGUUGGUUUUUCUAUGAGCUACUAUAUUUUCCUAUCGCAAAUCUGAUCCCAGUGUUUUUAUUUAAUCGAAUUUACUCUCAGCAUAGAAUAACUCCAUAAAGUCAAAUAAAUAGAUUGAUUGAUGAAGAAUGA